GGCACCACAAUACUUCUUAAUAUCACUCAAUCCUUUCUCAUAUCACUUACCGCAAACCAUAUACCUCUCUUUCCAUUUCAUAUCUCAAACCGCCAUUCCAUUUCUCUGAACCAAUUCACCUCAGACCGCAACACCAUUUCAUUUCCUCUCAACCUCGUAACCAUCGACGAAGAGUGAGAGAGGAACCGAGAAACUACAACAUUCUGCUCCUGUCCGUAAGCUUGAGGGAAGAAAAGGAGAAGUCAUGCGUGAGUUCAUUCUUCAACCUCCAUUCCAAUCAGCUGCAAUCCACCUCCAACAGCAACCUUUCAGCUAUCACCGUCACGAGUAAAAACCAGAACCAAUUUCCAGGCCGCGAGCUAGUCGAAAAAAAAAAAUUUUGACAGAUCGUUUGUCGCGUGCGCUGAGUGUUUCACCGAGGUGCUCAAGCUAGUCUUGAAGAGAAUCCCGGAGAGGACAACUAACGAUUCUCUCGCUCAAUUACUCUUGAAUUGUUCUGGAAAUUGAGAGCUUUACAAUUUACUUAGAUUUUCUUAUGGAUGUAAAUGAAAUCUAUGACUUCGCUUUGUGGUUUGUAAUGUCUAAUGUUACUUAUGCCAUGUAUCGGAUUGGAGAUAUGUUAAGCUAGGUGUACUUAAGACUUUGGAUUGCCACUUGAAGCUGGAAAGGUGCAAUCCCUGAUUCAUACAUUCGGUUUGUAUGUACGUAUUGGUGUUGUAUGAACUUGUAUGUUUGGGAUGGUGUGACUUUAGACUUGGUUUGUAAUCGAGAAGGUAUUUUGAGAAUCGACGAUUGGUUAUCUUUUAGUACUGCUAUCUCCGAAGUUAAUGUGGUUUAGUAAUCGAUCUAUUUAGGAAGAAAUGAGGGUGUAAUAGUCUAGAUUAUACUUCGGAGGGUUGUGGCUAGAUUUCUUGCGUGAGUCCUGGCGAGAGCUGGGCAGGCGUUCCGCGGAUACCCCUUGGUUCGCCUUGGGGAGAAGUGGGGCCGUCACAAAAACUUCUUACGCAGACGAAAUCAAUCUUUCAGAUGGUGAUUUUGUUGAAAUGCUAUGCCUUGAUGGCUGCUUUGUCAUUGAGUUCUUGAGGAAACUUUGUCAGCCUAAAUUAUACAGCGAGAAUGAUCCCAUUUUUCAGAUGUCUUGGCUAAUAUCAGCCACUAAGAGAGACCUAAUAUUAUUUGAGAAUCAGUUGCCCUUUGUUGUCCUGCAAAAACUGUUUGAUAUGACCAAGUUGCGGGGCGAAGAAGAGAACCUUAAUGACCUAGCUAUUCGCCAUCUGUCUUCGCUCGUGCCUGGUUCUUAUCCAGGUCAAAGUUCUCAUUCUACAAUCCCUGCAGGUUAUAAGGCUGUUCAUCUUCUUGACCUCAUGCACAAAAAUUUCACUGCCUCAUUUUCCAACACAUUUAGGGAUCUCAAACAUGAACCGACUAAAACCUUAUUGCAGAAACCAGUUAUUGAGCUAGUACAUAUUGGAACCAAGUUCAAGAGGGCAAUAAACAGUGAAUCCUUGCUCCAUAUCACUUUCAAAAAUGGUGUAGUUAAAAUCCCUCCUUUGUUUGUGGAUGAUCAUACAGAAUCCAUCUUCAGAAACUUGAUUGCAUACGAACAGUAUAUGUCUAAGCCAUUUGAGACACGGAGGUAUGUAACUGAUUACAUAAGCUUCAUGGAUCUUCUCAUAGAUUCCCCGUCCGACGUUGAAAAGCUUCGCAACAGUGACAUCAUCAGGCAUGGGUUAGGCAAUGAUAAAGCAGUCUCUGUAGUGUUCAACAAGUUAAGCAGUGGUGUUUCUAAUGAAGUUCCUUUCUGUUACGACGAAAUUUUUGUGGAAAUGGAGAAGUACUACCGCUACCGCAUCCUUAGGGCAUACCUCAUGCAGAAAUAUUUUCAUACCCCGUGGUCAAUCAUUUCACGUCUGGCUGCAAUCGUUAUGAAAAUUAAAGUGAGCUAGUUGUGCUUGUUUGUAAUUUGUUAGUCAUUGUACUUAAAUACCAACAACGUCAUUUUAUUUGUGUUCCGAUUGAUAAAAAAUUCUUGAUGUAAAAGAACUUUCCUGUCUUGGAUAUUACAUGAACUCCUAAAUGCAUGUUCUGCUAAUAAUGAACAUGAUCUCU